UGAAAUGGGCUGAACACCCUGUUUAUUUCCACUUUUUGAUUUCUUAAUGAAGUGGGAUCUGCAGGGACAGGGAUAACAUAAAAUAUUCAGACAGAUGUAGAUAAUAUCAAGUAUAGCUAGAUGACAGAUGGUGAUAGAUGAUGGAGGGACGGACGGAUGGAAAGACAUACAGACGCGGAUCUGCAAAGAACAGUCUCGGCUCGCCGAAUCGCUCAGCACCACGUAGCCGCUCCAACAAAAGCAGGCGACUAGGGUUAGGUAGGGAAACAAAACCAAAUCUCGCGAGAGCGCCGCCAUCGGCCGCCGUCUGCGCGACUCUCGCCGCGGCUUCCGGCCGGCGGGCCGGGCUGGCGGCGUCGCCCAGGGCAACGGCGAUGGCGGCCGAGGCGGCCGGGCGGCUCUUCUCGCUGGAGCUGCUGGUGGACUGGGUGCGGCUGGAGACGGGGCCGUGGCCGUGCGCCGCGGGCCCCGCCGUGGCGUUCCGCCUGCUGGACUUCCCGCCGCUGCUCGUCCUCCCACCGCCCGCGGCCAGCCCCGAGCCCCGGAGCGGCGCCAUCAGCUUCGGGCGCGGCAAGGCCUGCCUACUGCGCCUGCGCCCCGCCGGCCUGCGGCGCCCGCGCCUGCGCGCUGCGGUGCUGCAGCUGCCCGGGGACCCGGGCUGCGCGCCGCGCCCGCUCGGGGCGUGUGACGUCCUCCUGGAGGCCUGCCCGGGCCAGCGGGCCGUCUUCACCCUGCGCGGCCCAGCGGCGGAGCGCGUCGGGGAGUUGGCGCUCUUCUACCGCCUGACCGACCUGGGACGCUUCCCUCCGGGGCCUGGAGGCCCGCUGAGCCCUGGGGACGUCCUGCAGGGGUCGGAGCCGCGAACUCGCGAGAGCCCGAAGCUGGGCACCCGAGCCUCCUCGGCCACGAGCCUGCAGCGUGCCGCAGACGGAUGCCACUUGGAGGCCCCGGAGCCACUCGCCGAGGACACCAGCUGCUGGUGUGCAGAGGACUGGGUCCCCUUGGCCGAGCAGAAGGUCUGGGAAGAAGCCAUCUUACACAGCUUGGCCAGCUCUGGGGACAUAUCUUGCUUGUCUUGCUCCCCUGCGCCCAGUGAGAGGUCUGCCAGUCCCCUCAGCCCGGAGGCCACAGAGCUGGACUUUGAAACCAACACCUUUUGCCCCCCUCCUCUGUAUUACACUCACCUGACUCAGGAAAAGACUCCUUCUGCCAGGGUUGAGAUCACUAUCGAGCCUGAGAAAAACGGACCCGAGGGUCUGGAUGCCGUUUUUCCCGAAGCAGAGCCGAUAGGUCCUCCCGCAGGUCCCGUGCGAUCUGCGGUGUGGGAGAAGCCCUCGGUGCCUCUAAGUCCUCCGCGGACGCGGCGUUCCGAAGCAGCUAACAAGUCGGCCUGUCCCCCACAGGAUGAGCAAAGUGCAGCCAACGCAAUGAGACACCUGCCGCUGUUGAACGCUUUAUUGAUCGAGCUGUCCUUGCUGUGCAACCAGCCCAUGUCAGAACCCUCUCAGGUUCAUCCCCACCUAGCCUGGUUGUACAGAGGUGAGCAACACCAGGGCCCAGAACCUCCCACCAAGUCCUCAUGUCGGUCAGAAUCAAAGAGCAGCAAGCUUUCCGGGCGAGAAAGUGAAAAGCCUUCGAGUGUUCAGUCUAGGAAGAAUCCUAAAGGUAAACGUUCAGAGAAGACCAGUGGCAGCCCACCACGGCCUCCCAAGGGGAAGCUGCUCUAUGGCUUAACAAACUCACUGAGGCUGCGUCUAAAGCAGACAAACCCCAACAUGCUGGCCAUACAUGAAAAGAGGGAACAGUAUAGAAAGUCCCAGAAACAGGCUGUGGGCCCAAAGUUCCGAGUCCGGUCAUGGAAAGAGAAAAAAGGCUCAGGCUUGGCGGCACAUGGCGGGGUGCCACCUCAGCCCCUGAUGAACGAGUCUUCACUCUCAAAUGGGUCCCUUGCCGAAGGCAGUGAUACUUCAGUGCAAGUCAGCACUGGCUUUGAUGAGUCAAGUACAACUAAAGAAACAAAAGGAAGCCAUGCUGUGAAGAAAGAAACCGUUGAUGGGAGGGAAAACAGACCCAAGGAUGCUUUGCCGGAAGCACCUAUGAGCUCUGCAGGCCCCAUUAUUCCAGAAAGAUUUCCUCACUCAAAUAUUUUGGGAGGAAAAUCAAUGAAAGUCCAAGGCCCAGGGCUUUCCCAGCAGGAUCCUACUGUUGACAGGAAUGCAGAUGAGGGGAGAGAUGGUGGGCAGGUCAGAGUGGAAGACAUCGUGCCUGCCGAUACAGGUGGAGACCAACCACCCAGUAGGCAGAGUUCCUGUGAGAGCGUCUCAGAGCUACAGUCCCAGCAUGAGUGCAGCAGCCUUUGCUAUUCGGAAGACUUCUGCACCAGUGAAAACGCCAGUACCACAGGGGCAGAAAAGGCAGGGCAUGGUUCACAGGCAAGCCAGCCAGGCGAGGCUGGGCUGUCCACACGGAAAAACAGCAGUGACGCGGGUUCUGUGCUCACCCCCGCCUUUUCCGCUGGCUCCCCCGUGUGUUCACGCAAGAGCUCUCGGGUAUUGAAGACUUAUGAUAGCCUAGAGGACGUAACCAGUCUAUCCACAAGUGACUUUUUAUCACAAUGGACAAGUGAGAAGGAAGACAGGGCAAAUCCUGUGAGUACAGGUAGUUCAAAGGUCAUGAGGAGAUGUCAGGACAGCUCCACAAAACUUAAAGCAGGGGCCAGUCACAAGUCAUCUGAGAAAAGCCAGUCACCAAGGACAUCUCAAGUGAGUUCUUAUGAGCCAUCACAUUUGUCUGAGCUAGAGCUCAGGGCUGUAGACAACCAUGUGUCAUCUGACCUCCAAGAAGACGAAGAUAGCCUUGGCUUACUACGUAUCUCCAAACAGUGCCGAGAUAUCUGUGAAUUAGUAAUAAAUAAGCUUCCCGGGUACACAGUGUGAAAGUAUGCUGCUUUCGGAAACUAGCUGUAUAGCUGAUGAGUGCCAGUCCUGCAGAGAUAACCUGAGUACGUGUGUGGUAGUUCUUUUAAGAAGUGUAAAUAGUUUGUUGUUGUUUAGCACCUUACCCUUCAGGCUGAUGCUACUCUGAAGUCGCUGUUAUGCUUAGGAAUUAUUGCUUUGUAAGAUGCUUAAGAUUAAAGUUUGUCUGUAUAAUCUCCAAACG